UCGAUUUCUUGUGUGUUGGUUGGGGUGGGGUAUGGGCGGGGCGAUGUGACGUUACGCUCUCUCCGCGCAGCUUAUGUGAAUUCAGGAGGAGGGAGCAGAUGAAGAUGGAGCAGAGGAGGAGAAAACACCACUGCUCCGUCUGUCACACACACUUCACUCCAAUAUCUGGUCUGCACUCAGUGACGGAGCUCUGACGUUUUUGUUCUGACCCCGAAAACCUCUGACGUUUUCUAAUUUAUUAGGUUUUUUUUUUGUCCAACCUGCUUUUCUCCGCCGAUUCUGGUCCAUUCUGGACGGUCCGUGAACGCAGCACCGACUGCGCUUCGACCGACAGAAAGCCCCGGUCAGAGCAUCAUCACCAUCACCAUCAUCACCAGCAGACACCUUCAGGUUUGGACCACACCACGGUUCCUGCCGCUGCCGAGGAGGAGAAGAUGGACGAGGACAAUCACAUCCCUGAGGACCUGUCUAUGGAGGAGAGGGACGAACUGUCCAACAUCAGACGCAGGAAAAGAGAGCUGUUGGAUGAUAUCGAGAGGCUGAAGUUUGAAAUAGCAGAGGUGAUGACGGAGAUCGAGCAGCUGACCUGCGUCGGAGAGAGUAAAACAUCCCAGAGGAACAAACAGAUUGCCAUGGGCCGGAAGAAAUUCAACAUGGAUCCAAAGAAGGGAAUCCAGUUCCUGUUGGAGAACGACCUGCUCCAACACACUCCUGAAGACAUCGCCCAGUUCCUCUACAAAGGCGAGGGUCUCAACAAAACCGUCAUCGGAGACUACUUGGGGGAACGGGACGACUUCAACAUCAAGGUGCUGCAGGCCUUUGUGGAGCUCCAUGAGUUUGCAGACCUCAACCUCGUCCAAGCACUGAGGCAGUUCCUGUGGAGCUUCCGUUUACCAGGUGAAGCCCAGAAGAUUGACAGAAUGAUGGAGGCCUUCGCCUCCCGGUACUGUCAGUGCAACCCAGGGGUCUUCCAGUCCACAGACACCUGCUACGUGCUGUCGUUCGCCAUCAUCAUGUUGAACACCAGCCUGCACAACCCCAACGUCAGAGACAAACCUCCUGUGGAAAGAUUCAUCUCCAUGAACAGAGGCAUCAACGAAGGAGGAGACCUGCCAGAGGAGCUGCUCAGGAACCUUUACGACAGCAUCAAAAAUGAGCCUUUCAAAAUCCCAGAGGAUGAUGGGAAUGAUCUGACGCACACCUUCUUCAACCCUGACAGAGAAGGCUGGCUCCUAAAGCUGGGGGGGCGAGUGAAGACGUGGAAGAGACGCUGGUUCAUUCUGACCGACAACUGCCUCUACUACUUUGAAUACACAACAGACAAAGAGCCUCGAGGGAUCAUUCCUCUGGAAAACCUCAGUAUCAGAGAAGUGGACGAGCCCAGGAAACCUAACUGCUUCGAGCUCUACAACCCCAACCACAAAGGUCAGGUGAUCAAAGCCUGUAAGACAGAGGCGGACGGACGAGUGGUGGAGGGCAACCAUGUGGUGUACAGGAUAUCAGCCCCCACGCCGGAGGAGAAGGAGGAGUGGAUCAAAUCCAUCAAGGCAAGUAUUAGCAGAGAUCCUUUCUACGACAUGUUGGCCACCAGAAAACGCAGGAUAGCCAAUAAGAAAUGACUCAGAGACUCAGACUGGACUGAACCAGAUCAGGUGAUGUUUGGACCUGAGGUGAAUGCGAAUCUGUGACGGUGCAGGACGGACUCUGGACAAGAGAGGAAGAGCACUGUCUCUAAGGAUAAGGACUGGAGGAGCAGCAGCCAUGUCUGGAAUUCAAGGAUAUUUUUGUGAUAAAAUUUGUCUGAGGCAACGUCGCCCUCUGUAGGACGUAUAUGGAACUAAGAAUUCUUCACUACAAAUUCACAGGGAGGACCUGUGUCCAGUGACACAUUCCUUUCACCUGGAAGUUUUUAUUAACAUCUACAUAAGAACUCUUUUUUUUCUAAAUCAGCUGGUCUGAUGUCACUGACUCUGUGAUACACUUUUGAUUUAAACCACUUUGCAGAACAUUACCAAACAUUUAGUGGUGUUCUCACCUGUUCUAAGCUAAUUUUCAUACAUUCUGAUCAUCUCGGUUCUAUUCUGUUACACAUUGAAGAGCCACCUCUGUGCCUCAGUUCAUUCCUGUAUUUAUUUGUUUACGGUUUGACAGGAGGCAGUUCCCCCGCUCUCAUUCAGUUACAUGAUGCAUGUAGAAUAUAUAAUGUACAUAGUGCUAGUUAAUUUUUUUUUGUUCUUUGUUGUGUUAAUGUAGCAUGUUCAUCAUUAACAGAGUCAGAGCCAGUACCCGUUAAUCUCUAAGUUAAACAGUUCAGUCCACAAACAGGACAACGACGUGAUGUGGUGAGAAGGUGACAUUUCCUGGAAUCAUGAUGAAGAGCAGGAAAAAAAUAGAGAAGAAAAGAGAAGAAAAAGGGGUUUGACAAAACUGUGAAAUCCAAUCAUGUGAUGGGGCCAGCUCUGAUCAAACCACCUCAAAUCCUCAGUUUUACUUUAGCUUCCAGGUUUGAUGUUUGUUUGGAAAUCUCCUAAACCUGAAUACUCUGAAUAAAAAAAAAAACGCAUUAUGAUCAGA